CCUACAAGAGUUUAAUAUCCUUUUUAAAAGUUGUUAUUAAGUAAAAGAUGGCAUUAAAUAAUUUACUAUAUCUUAAGCCCCAUCUAACUAAAUAUUUUAGGUAUACUGGAAAAAAUUUGCACAUUUGGCAAAUAAAAAUGCAGACGGUAAAACCGUUAGAAAUAAACAACGAUAAUGUAAAAACUCAAACUAAAAAUGAGGCAAUAGACGAACAAACUCCAGUAAACAAUGGAUUAAGCAAUGUUUCGCCUACUUUACCUCGGAUAGUGCCAAUGGUUUUAAAUACUAAAGAACCUAUAGUAUUACCCUUUGAUGAAGUUCCAGGACCAAAGUCGUUGAAAUAUUUGUCAAUAUUUCGUAAUUAUAUAACAGAAAUUGGAACUCAAGUUACGGCUGGUCUUUUAACUUUUGGGCUCAAUAUUGGAACGAUUCUAUCUAAUAGAAAUACUACACGUAGUUUUUCCAAUCUUUUUGAUAAAUAUGGGCCCGUGGUAAGAUUCGUUAGCCCCAUCGGUAGCGACAUCGUGCUCAUCAACCACCCUGACCACAUCCAGAAAGUGUUUAGCAUGGAAGGCGAAUAUCCUGUUAGAUCUACGUUGCAAUCUCUGGAGAAAUAUCGGAUUGAACACAAGAAUCAUAUAUUUGGUGGACUUUAUACUGUACAAGGUCAGGAUUGGAUACGGCAAAGAUCAGUAAUGCACAACCCCACACAAAAUGCGUUUAUCCCUCACGCCCAGAACCUUAACGAUGUAUGUGAAAAGUUCACGCAAAAGAUUUACAACAUUAGAAAUUAUCAGGAUGAGUUAUCUAAGGAUCUACAUAAGGAAAUACACAAAUGGGCAUUUGAUUGCAUGGGACUAAUAUUGUUCUCAAAGAACUUUCAACUGUUGGAAACGGAGUUAGUGUAUAGUCAGUGUGACGAAUCGUGGAUGUACCACAGCUUGGAGAGGGCAGCUGAUGCAAUCAUUAAAUGUGAAACGGGUAUCCAUUUUUGGAAGUUUUUUACCACGCCAGCUUGGUAUUCCUUGGUCAAGUACUGUGACAAUCUGGACAACCUUAUUGGCAAAUAUGUUUUGGAUAUAGAGCAAGAAAUAUCUACGAAGAUCCAGGACGAUCAUAUUAUCAGCCCUAAUUCUCUAACGAGUGCAAUGUUGCUAAGCGAGGAAAAGUUUAAUGCGGAAGAUAUCGCAACAAUUUUGAUGGAUGUGAUGCUCAUCGGUAUUAACACGAUCUCAUCUUCAAUGUCUUUCUUAUUAUACCACAUCGCGAAACACCAAAAGACUCAAAGGUUGCUCUACCAAGAAGUAGGGAAUUUAUAUCAAGAUGUAAACGACAUCGAAAAGUUUAAAGAGAAUACUCCGUAUUUACAAGCGUGUAUUAAAGAGACAUUGAGAUUGGUCCCACCAAUUCCAUUGCUGACAAGAAUUCUCUCUAGGAAUAUAACGUUGGAUAAUUUCAAUAUUCCACGAGGAACUAUGAUAAUAAUGUCAACACAAGAUACUUCACUCAAAGAAGGAAACUUUGAUGAAGCUACUAAGUUCUGCCCCGAGAGAUGGCUAAAACCCGAGGCUAAGAACUACCACGCGUUUGCUUCAAUUCCAUUUGGAUAUGGAGCUAGGAAAUGUAUUGGGCAAAAUGUUGCCGAGACUAUGAUGUCACUUUUGACAAUUAAGGUAUUGCAGAAAUACAGGCUUGAAUAUCAUUAUGGUGAUGUGCAGCCUUCACAAGGUUUUAUUGCAAGGCCAAAUAAACCGUUAAAAAUAAGAUUUAUUGAUAGAAUGUAAUUCAAAGUUUCAUUCUUACAAAAACUAGAUUCAUAGAUGUUGCAUUUAUGUAAGUUAUGGAAUAAAUAUACAAAAUGAGUACAAUAUUGUUUAAUUGUUAAACACAAUUAGUUUAAAAAUAAUUAGGCUAAUAUUUACAUUAAAGAUCAUAUGAUAAUGUAAUAAAUUAUAAUUUGUAUAUGACAUAUUCUUAGUUUAACAAUCACAUUUACAAAACAAUCCUUUUUGCAUGAAUGUCAUAACUAAUUGAGAAAACCUUAGA